AUGGAAAUAGUGGGGUGCCGAGCAGAAGACAACUCGUGUCCUUUCCGCCCCCCAGCCAUGCUCUUCCACGGGAUCUCCGGAGGCCACAUCCAAGGCAUCAUGGAGGAGAUGGAGCGCAGAUCCAAGACCGAGGCCCGUCUGGCUAAAGGCACUCAGCUCAACGGCCGCGACGCGGGCAUGCCCCCGCUUAGCCCGGAGAAGCCGGCUCUGUGCGCUGGCUGCGGGGGCAAGAUCUCGGACAGGUACUACCUACUGGCGGUGGACAAACAGUGGCACCUAAGGUGCCUGAAGUGCUGUGAAUGUAAGCUAGCUCUGGAAUCUGAGCUCACGUGCUUCGCCAAGGACGGUAGCAUUUACUGCAAGGAGGAUUACUACAGAAGGUUCUCUGUGCAGAGAUGUGCCCGCUGCCACCUUGGCAUUUCUGCCUCUGAGAUGGUCAUGCGUGCCCGAGACUCUGUCUACCACUUGAGCUGCUUCACCUGCUCUACCUGCAACAAGACCCUGACCACAGGCGACCAUUUUGGCAUGAAGGACAGCCUGGUGUACUGCCGCGCCCACUUCGAGACCCUCUUGCAAGGGGAGUAUCCUCCACAGCUGAGCUACACGGAGCUGGCGGCCAAGAGUGGCGGCUUGGCCCUGCCUUACUUCAAUGGCACCGGCACAGUGCAGAAGGGGCGGCCCCGGAAGAGGAAGAGCCCUGCGCUGGGAGUAGACAUCGUCAAUUACAAUUCAGGUUGUAAUGAGAAUGAGGCAGACCACUUGGACCGGGACCAGCAGCCUUAUCCACCCUCGCAGAAGACCAAGCGCAUGAGAACCUCCUUCAAGCACCACCAGCUCCGGACCAUGAAAUCCUACUUUGCCAUCAACCACAAUCCGGAUGCCAAGGACCUCAAGCAACUUGCUCAGAAAACAGGCCUGACCAAAAGAGUUUUGCAGGUUUGGUUCCAAAACGCACGAGCCAAAUUCAGAAGGAACCUUUUGCGGCAGGAGAAUGGGGGUGUUGAUAAAGCUGAUGGCACGUCGCUUCCGGCCCCGCCCUCAGCAGACAGCGGCGCUCUCACUCCACCCGGCACUGCGACCACUUUAACAGACCUGACCAAUCCCACUAUCACUGUAGUGACAUCCGUGACCUCUAACAUGGACAGCCACGAAUCCGGAAGCCCCUCACAAACUACCUUAACGAACCUUUUCUAA